CCCGUUUCUCUCUUUAUUCUACACCCAAGUGCACAUGUAACCUAGCCUCCUCUCUUUUCCCUUCUCUGUUUUCUCUUCUGUGUGUCCAUGGACUCAAAAUCUUCUCCAGUUGAAAUCUUCUUUUUCCCCUAUGUCGGAGGAGGCCAUCAAAUCCCCAUGAUUGACAUAGCUAGAAUCUUUGCUUCUCAUGGUGCCAAAUCCACCGUCAUCACAACCCCAAAACACGCUCUUUCUUUCCAAAAAUCCAUUAACCGUGACCAAGAAUCUGGCCUCUCCGUCUCCAUCAAGACUCUCCAUUUACCAGACGACAUAGACAUAGCAGACACAGACAUGUCUGCUUCACCACACACUGACACUUCUAUGCUUCAAGAACCACUUAAAGCGCUUCUUGCUGAGCACAAACCUGAUUGCAUAGUUCAUGAUGCGUUUCAUCGCUGGUCUGCUGAAGCAAUCUACAGUCUUGGUAUUCCGAGACUUGUGUUUAAUGGGAAUGGUUGCUUCUCCCGUUGUGUCAUGGAAAAUUUGGGAAAGUAUAAGCCUCAUGAGAAGGCGAGUUCUGAUUACGAGCCUUUUGUUGUUCCUGGUCUUCCUGAUCGAGUUGAACUCACCAAAUCUCAGCUUCCAAUUAUGAUAAGACAACCUCAGCAACGUGGGUUUGUUCCUAAAAAGAUGGGAAAGCCUGAAGAGAACAGUUUUGGGGUUGUGGUUAACAGUUUUUAUGAACUGGAGCCGGCUUAUGUUGAGUAUUUCAAGAAAGAGAUGGGUAACAAAGCGUGGCUUGUUGGACCAGUUUCUUUAUGUAACAGGAAUGUUGAAGAUAAAGCUGAAAGAGGCAAAAAGGCCACCGUUGAUGAACAGCAAGUUCUCAGCUUUCUUGACUCUAAAGAACCCAGUUCGGUUCUUUACAUUAGUUUCGGAAGCUUAGCUCGUUUGGCUCCUGAACAGCUCCUGGAGAUUGCCUACGGUCUUGAGGCUUCUAAUCAUCCAUUCAUUUGGGCUGUUGGAAAGAUUUUCCGAUCCGCUGUGAAGGACAUAGAAAAUGAAGAAACUUGGCUUCCCAGUGGAUUUGAAGAGAGAAUUAGAGAGUCCAAGAGAGGACUAAUAAUAAGAGGAUGGGCACCACAGCUUUUAAUUCUAGAACACCCGGCAGUGGGGGGUUUUCUAACACAUUGUGGCUGGAACUCGACGCUAGAAGGCGUGUGUGCCGGUCUGCCAAUGAUAACUUGGCCUAUUACAGCAGAGCAAUUUUCGAAUGAGAAACUGAUUGCGGAUGUGUUGAAGAUUGGUGUGAAGGUUGGGAGCAUGCACUGGGUGUCCUGGAGCACUGAGCCUUGGGCUGCUGUAGGGAGAGACAAGGUGGAUAUGGCGGUGAAAAGGCUGAUGAGUGGCGAUGAGGAGGCGGUGGAGAUGAGGAGAAGAGCUAGAGAGCUUGGAGAGAAGGCCAAGAGAGCUGUUGAAGGAGGUGGCUCAUCUUAUAUGGAUGCUGGUGCUUUAAUUCAAGAGCUCAAGUCUGCCCGGAAAUCUGAGUCUUGAAAUGUAUUUGCUCAAGGACUAACUUUUGGCAUCACAGAAAGUUAAAUAAUUUGCAGACGAGGCUUUGUUGCUAUAAAAUACGACAUAAAUAUACGAAAGAUCAUCUUAUUGAUUUCA